GCAAUAAGACUUUAAUGAUGACAGCAGGUCAAUAUCCUCCACCAACUUCUCAAAAUUCCCAAAAUUCUCAAAAUAGCCUCAACUUAAAGAAUUUAAGCAUUAGUUUUAUAAAUAUUCAGGCAUUUCAUCUCAAUAUAGAUAUAAAUAACUCGACUGCAAGCGCUGGAACAAACAAAAUAUCACAAAUUUUGAGUUCUUGGAGUGCUGUUAUAGAUAACAUUGAAAAUGAACACCUUCAAAUAGUAAAUACAGGAAAUGGCUCAAUUUCUACGAUUCCUAAGCCUGAUGAACAGAUUAACGAUCAAUGUGGAUUAUCAUCAUAUGCAUAUUGGUCAUGGGGAACUUUAAGUAAUUUAUUAAAAUCUUCUUCUUGUUCUACAAAUCUAACAACAACAUCAUCAUCAUCAUGGAGCUAUGACUUUGUUAACAAUGCGAAACAAUCAUGUCUUUACCAACAAAUUUCGUCUUCAACAAACUACUAUGUUGUUUUUUAUGAAGAUUACCAAUCGUUGAGUGCUAAAACUGACUUAAUAAAAAAUGGAAGAAUAGCAGGAAUAGCAAUUUCUGAUAUCACCAUGAGUUCGAUUGAUCCAUUCAUUAACUUUAUUAUUUCAGGUUCUCAACCAAAUCCAAUCCAAGGAGGUGUAAUAGUGGGUAGUGUGUUAGGUUCCUUUGUUUUUGUUGCCGUAAUAGCGGUAGCUGGCUUUAUGUUGUAUCGAAAACGCAGGGCAAAAAUGUCAGAUCCACUAAUAGAUACAAAUAAUCAGACUUGCUCUGAUACAAAUCGUCAGGAUUACUCUGAUAUAAAGCACCAAGUUCGUCCAGAUACACAUAAUCGAAUUUACUCAGAUACAAAUAAUGAG